AUGUAUGGCCCUGGAACACAUCGCCGCAUUGCACUGCUCAUAUGCGAUGUACCCGCGGAUUCGAUUCGGGAACAGCAUGGGGACUACACAAGGAUUUUCGGAACCUUGCUAGAAGAAUCAUUGAAGCCUAUUAAUGAGACUCACUCACAAACGACGUUCACACUUGAGCCUUUCGACGUGCGCGCGCAGGUUUACCCUAAAGAGGAUGAAUACGAUGCAAUGCUAAUCACGGGCUCUGGUGCGUGGAAGCAUACCCAUGUAGAAUGGAUGAAAAAGUUGAUCGAGUACGUGAGAGUUGUCGCGACAGAGAAACCGCGGAUAAAGAUUUUUGGCAUAUGCUUCGGACAUCAGAUUGUCGCGCUUGCCAUGGGCGGGACAUGUGUUCGCAACACUCGUUUCGAAGUUUCUGCGACAAAGCUUCAAUUGACUGAACUCGGAAAGAGAGUGUACGGCGUCGAAUCUGGCAACCUUCAUUUGAUGAAUCGGGACCACGUUCCCACCGAGCCGUCAUCAUUCCAUAUCAUCGUUUCGUCUGAUCAUUCAUUAAAUCAUGGGAUGGUCCGCUUUUCCCAGUCCGAAUCCUCGGGGGAUGCACCGCCCUUGAACUUCCGCCUGACUGAUAUUCAUAUUCUCACCAGUCCUGAAUCCACAGAGUCCAUAACGCGUAUGUUCCUCAGCGCACGGCGAGAACUCUCGGCCCGUACUGAAGUUGUCGAUGAUGGCCGGAGUCAUGCGGGCAAUGAAAAUGAUGGAAUUGCGGUUGUUGGAAAGGUACUGUGGGGUAUCAUGGGAGUAGAAUGA